UCCUGUCCGGUCUCAUACGGACACGCGCCUUAACCAACGGCAAAAACCCAGGGUCUAAAACAUAUGUGUAUAGCCUAAAAUUUACUUUUACCUAUACCUCACAUUUAAAAGAGAACGAUAUCCAGUGCGGCGUGAACGACCUUUUGAAACUUGGACAAGAGUGAAAACUUAUUCAAGACACUGAAAAGAGGGCAAGCAUCUACAGGUGUCUGAGCUUGAGGAGCCUCGAGACUGACGGAGGACCGCACGCGCCAGGCGCGAGCAAAAAGAAGCGGCCCUCAGGAGCAAAGCGCGACCCCCGGCCCGUAAUAGCGUCACAGUGAAGAAAAAAGAGAGUGAGAGAGAGAGAGGGGGGAGAGAGAGAGAGAGAGAGAGGAAGGGAGGGAGAGAGAGAGCAAUAGAUAGAGUGUGCGAGAGACUCGGCCGUCCCAAGAAUGAUGUCCUACAUAAAGCAGCCCCAUUAUGGUGUGAACGGGUUAACACUGUCCGCCUCAGGAAUGGACCUGCUCCACACUGCCGUCGGCUACCCAGCCACUCCGAGGAAGCAGCGUCGAGAGCGCACUACAUUCACACGCACCCAGCUGGACAUUCUGGAAGCUCUGUUCACCAAAACACGCUACCCAGACAUAUUCAUGAGAGAAGAGGUGGCUCUGAAAAUCAACCUCCCAGAGUCCAGAGUUCAGGUGUGGUUUAAAAACCGACGUGCUAAAUGCCGCCAACAGCAACAGCAGACCAGCGGUCAGCCCAAGCCCCGUCCCCCCAAAAAGAAGUCCUCCCCAGCACCUGAGCUGACCUCUGACCCUGUUGCCAGCUCCUCAGUGGCAGCUGCCCCUGCCCCAGCCAUGCCCUCUAGUGUCAGUGCCGGCACCGCACCGGUUUCGGUGUGGAGUCCCACCUCUCUAUCCCCCCUUCCUGAUCCAUUGUGUGGCUCUGGCACACCCUGCGUGCAGCGCCCAGCUCCCUAUCCCAUGAGUUACGGUCAGCCCUCCGCUUACAACCAGGGCUACAGCUCUUCUCCAUACUUCAGUGGCCUGGAUUGCAGCCCAUACCUCUCUCCCAUGACCACUCAGUUGUCGGCCACUGGGGGUGCUCUGUCUCCCCUCACUGUGCCCUCCAUGGGUGGCUCGCUCAGCCAGUCACCCUCCCUCACCUCCCAAGGAUAUUGCUCCACCUCACUGGGUUUCAGUUCCAUAGACUGCCUGGACUACAAGGACCAGCAGGCCUGGAAACUCAACUUCAGCACUGUUGACUGCCUCGACCAUAAAUUCCAGGUGCUGUAGAAGAGAGAUUGAGGAAGUGAAGAACAAGAGCAAGAGGAAAGUAGAGAUUGGAGAAGAGUGUGGAGAGAAAGAAGAAUAAAUGUAACAGAGCUAUUACUUGACAUGCCAGAGACAUUUUGAUGAUGAGCAGGACUGAAUCAGCAGGAUUUUUAGAGAAGUAAAGGGGUGCCCAUUCUGGAAAAGGUGAAGGCUGUUCCUCUGUAAUACAGAUCUGCUCUGUGAGACACACACACACACACACACACACACACACACACACAUGCUCUCUCUCAAACACAGUCUAACAGCUACUCUUUUUCACAACACAUUACAAGUAUAUAUGCACUAACACACACACAGGCAUCUUUAGCUUACUACACACAAGUAAUCACACAAAGAGACACAGGCAUGCAUGUAUUUGGUGGGGAACUUCUUGGUUUUUCUGCAGUUACAAAUUGCUCUCUGUUGGACAAAGUUGUUCUUUCUACCAAUUUUUUUAUUUUUUUUAUUUAUUUUUUAUUUUUUUUCAUAAGUUUGGUUUGGUUUUUCUGUACUGGAGAGGCAUUAGGAGUUCCUGUGUUGUGCUUUUAGCUUGCUGUUAUUUAUGUAUUGUUAAAUUAUGUUAACUUAUAACAAAUAAUGUCAUUUUCUGUUAGUUUGAGUUAAACAUUACUAAUUAAACUUCAUUUACAGUAAUGGCAUUAUGUGCUGUUGAUAUAUAUUUUCUGUUUGGGUGAUUCUGUGUUGAAAAAUGUUGGUGUUCUCUGCUGUCGUUUUGUUGCUUUGGCUGAAUAUAUUCAGAUGGGAACAAACAUUUUAAAUUUUACUCUCAGUAUAACUGCAGAAUUAAACAUGGCUUUGUUUAAUGAUAUAUGUGAGAGUUGUCUAACUCUGCUUCACACAUUAUGAAAAAUGAUAUAAGUACAAUUGUCAUGAAUAAAUACAUGAAAUACAUGGCUGGCAACACUGAUCCACAUCAGAGUAAGGGACAAAAUUUAUGUGAAUUGCAAUGUCCCUCACACAGAACGAGCAUUGUAAUAAAUACAUUUACUACAUUCCCAUAAGGUAAUUGGAUUGUAACUCUUAAGAUGUAGAAUUAAAAUCUGACAAACACACAGGUGGCCCAUAAGGUGAAGGCAUCUGGGGGUCCAGAAGGUUGUUGCGAUGGUGUCGUCUGGUAAUCGUGUUGCUGUGAUGGUGUGGUGUGGGUGGCCCCACCCAUGCAGCCGGGUGUGUGGGGUUAUUUUAGCCAAUGACCCAGAGAGCACCUCAAUCUCCUUACUGUUGCCAGAACACUGCCAUAAAGCAAUUAAACAGGAUUACUGAACCUCUCUCUCUCUCUCUCUCUCUCUCUCUCUCUCUCUCUCUCUCUCUCUCUCUCUCCUCUCCCUCCUCUUCAUCUUCUCCUGUUGAUUAUAUUUCCUUGUCUUUCUCUGCUUUGACUCCAUCACUUUUCUUUCACUAUUCUGUAUUUGUUUCUUUUCAGUUCUAUGUGCCACUCCCCACAGUUAGAAUUAGAAUAAAAACCAGAAUCAUUAUUAGGAUUAGGCUAUACAUGUAUUUUUACAGCAACAUGUUCACUUACUGAAGACUUGUUAAUAAAAUAGUUUUAGAACAGAUACAAUUUUACAUUUGAACUAGUUUGAAAUUCUUCACCCACCAUCACACAAAAACAUGUAAUCAAAAUGUUUUGCACUACCACCAGACUUAACCGACAAGCAGACAAAUUAAACUCACAACCAAAGGAACAUCUAGUAUUCAUAGCACUUUUACUCCAUCAGCAGGUCAAUUUCAACCAAAUGUUUUCUCAUGUAUGGUUUGGAAUCAAAUCUGAAUACCUUGUAUAGAUCAUUAUUUUUCUCUACAUACUGUACAUUUCUCAUAACUGUCCCUGUAUGAAGACAGUGGAGACAGUGGAACUCUGUCUCUCCUCAGUGCCAUCUUUCAUGCCCUCUGUCACUCAUUCUCUUUCCAUCCACCCCUCUCCAGAGUGCUUCAUAAUCCCACUCUGACCUGAAU